CCUAAUUACUACCAAGCUAAAGCAAACAACAUUUUGCUAUUUAGUUUCCCAGGUCAUAUAAUCCACCCUGCAGCAUCAAAGAGCUCGAACAUACCAUGCAUACGCUCAGCAUAAUUCUUUAUACAAUAACUUUUAUUUUCAUUUAUGUUUCAAGUACUAUAUGUUUCGAUCAUCACCAUCCUCUCAAUCCAUCCAUCAAGCAGCUCGUGCACUGUCCAGCGACGGAAACAGAAAAUUCCCGAACCCCUCUAGCAAAACGUAGCACGGACGCGAGUGGCUUUAAAAUUGAUUUUACAUGCUAUGCGAGUAAUCACACCUGUCAACGAGCUCGACAAGCGUUUGAGCGGGCAGGCAGUAUCAUAUCGCAAGCUAUUACAUUCACCACGCCAAUCAUGGUUAAUGCAACCUAUGUGCCUUUCUGUCGCACUUUAGGAGAAUGUCCCAAGGGCAAUUUAGUCACCCUAGGCGGCUCAUACCCUGCCCGCACAGUGGCCAUAGCAAAAGGAGAUGGCGUUUUUCGAUUGUACCCACAAGCACUGGUGAAGCAAAUGGAACUCAAUUCUCCUCCAGCUUUUGCACAGUAUGAUAUUGUCAGUUUGUUCAACGCGGAGGCACCAUUUUGGUUUGAGGAUGAUGGACCAAUAGAAGGUGAUCAAUCUGAUUUUUUGUUUGUGAUCUUGCAUGAAUUCAUCCAUGGAUUAGGCUUUUAUUCCAACUGGCAAGAGCCUGUAGGCUGGGAUGCACUCAUACCAGAUUUGUCACCGCUUGUACAAGGCGAGCGACUAGUAGGCAUCAACGAAACCAAUGGAGACUUCGUUUUCACGUCAGCACUAGAGAGCGUUUUUGAUCAGUACCUGGUUCGCCUAUCCGAUAUGCAACACACUAGUAAUAUCGCACGAAAAUUCAAUAGAUAUAGACUCCAACGGGCAAUACCGCUGGUGGAGGGGUUACAACAAACGGGACUAUGGGAUGAAGCGAAAGCUAUGUAUGAACUUGGUACAAAGGCUAAAUCACUUGGCUUUGUUGCACCCAAUGACAGCUCAGCAAUGCUUGUGCUCGAGACGGGAUUAUCUCCGUUCCAGUCAGGUUCCUCGAUCUCCCACGUAGAUUAUGCUAUGUAUGGUGAUUCGGCUGAUUUUUUAAUGCGGUAUAUGCAAGAUCGUGGACUUACUUUAGAACAAGCUAUGGCUCGCAGUGGCAGCUCUAGCCCUAUAGGACCGAAGCUUAGAAAGGUGUUAAAGACCUUAGGCUAUCAGACCAUAGAAUAUCAACCCAAACUUCAGGCUGCAGUUCGGCUAAAUGCCUUGCAAUCUACCGGGUACAAAGUCACUUCCAUAUCGAGUGGUUGGGUAAUUCCCAUGUUGCUCAGCUGUAUCGUUUUAUGUGUAGACCGGUGAGAAAAACACAUUCAAGAAAUAAAAUAUCAGCGGCCCAUUGCUUAAAUGAAUGACAAUUUACCG